UGUGCCCCCGCAUGGAGUGAAACAACCCGAGGCAGCGCGGCGGACCCCCUGGCCGCUCUCCGUCCGAUUUGUUUUCCUCGCUUUCUCCUUCUUCUUCUUUUCGCCCUCCCCCCCGGCUCCCCCUUCUCCUCCUCCGCCUCCUCCUCCCCUCCUCCGUGCGCAUCGCCCGCGGGGAGCAGGGCUCGGGCGGCUCGGGGAGCGGCAUGCCCGCCCGCUAGGCUCCCGUCGGCACCGAGGAGGCGGCGGCGGAGGAGGAGGAGGAGGAGCGGGGUCGGCGGCCGCCCGCCCCGUCGCAGCGCCCCGCCGCCGCCGCCGCAGCCGGCCCGGGGGGAGGCCAAGAUGGCAGAGGCGUCGCCCCCCGCCCCGCUCUCGCCGCUGGCCGUGGAGCUGGACCCCGAGUUCGAGCCGCAGAGCCGCCCCCGCUCCUGCACCUGGCCCCUGCAGAGGCCCGAGCUGCAGGCCAGCCCCGCCAAGCCCCCGGGCGAGCCGCCCGCCGACGCCGCCUCCAUGAUCCCCGAGGAGGAGGACGACGACGACGAGGGGGGCGGCUCGGCCAUGGCCGUCGGCGGCGCGGCCCCGGCGGGCGGCGAAGCGGCGGCGGCCGCCGUCCCGGAGGAGGCGGCUCGGCUCCUGGCCCCGCUGCCCGGGGGCGGCCCGGAGGGGCCGAGCCUGUCGCCGGGGGGAGCGGGAGGAGCGGCGGCGGCUGCGGGCGGCGGGGGGCUCGGCGGCGGCGGUGGCCCCGCGGCGGCGCCGAGGAAGUGCUCGUCGCGGCGCAACGCGUGGGGCAACCUCUCGUACGCCGACCUCAUCACCCGCGCCAUCGAGAGCUCCCCGGAGAAGCGGCUCACCCUGUCGCAGAUCUACGACUGGAUGGUCCGCUGCGUGCCCUACUUCAAGGACAAGGGCGACAGCAACAGCUCGGCCGGCUGGAAGAACUCAAUCCGGCACAACUUGUCACUCCACAGCCGCUUCAUCAGGGUGCAGAACGAAGGCACCGGGAAGAGCUCCUGGUGGAUGAUCAAUCCAGAUGGUGGAAAAGUGGGCAAGGCGCCACGGAGACGCGCCGUGUCCAUGGACAACAGCAACAAGUACACCAAGAGCAGAGGGCGGGCGGCUAAGAAAAAGGCGGCCCUGCAGACUGCCCAGGAGGCAAGCGAGGACAGCCCUUCCCAGCUCUCCAAGUGGCCAGGGAGCCCAACUUCCCGCAGCAGCGAUGAGCUGGAUGCGUGGACAGAUUUUCGCUCCCGGACGAAUUCCAAUGCCAGUACGAUAAGUGGCCGCUUGUCACCGAUUUUGGCGAGCACCGAACUAGAUGAUGUUCAAGACGACGACGCUCCGCUUUCUCCCAUGCUGUACAGUAGUCCAUCGAGCUUGUCCCCCUCGGUAAACAAACCGUGUACUGUGGAGUUGCCUAGGUUGACUGAUAUGGCUGGGACAAUGAAUUUGAACGAUGGACUAACAGAUAACCUCAUGGAUGAUCUCUUGGACAAUAUAACACUCCCUUCCUCCCAGCAGUCGCCCACAGGAGGGAUGAUGCAGAGAAGCUCCAGUUUUCCAUAUGGUUCCAAAGGUUCAGGGCUGGGUUCCCCCUCGAGUAGUUUCAACAACGCCGUAUUCGGGCCGUCGUCCCUGAAUUCCCUCCGCCAGUCGCCCAUGCAGACCAUUCAGGAGAACAAGCAGGCCACCUUCUCUUCCAUUUCCCAUUACAACAACCAGACGCUGCAGGAUCUGCUCGCCUCUGAUGCACUUAGUCACAGCGAUGUCAUGAUGACACAGUCUGACCCACUCAUGUCACAAGCCAGCACAGCUGUGUCCGCCCAGAACUCCCGCAGGAAUAUAAUGCUCCGCAACGACCCCAUGAUGUCGUUUGCCGCGCAGUCCAGCCAGGGCGGUCUGGUCAAUCAGAGCCUGCCCCAUCACCAGCACCAGUCUCACAACUCUCCUCUUAGCGGCAGCCGUGCCUUGUCCAAUUCCAUCAGUAACAUAGGCUUGAAUGACUCGAACAGCUUGGGUUCCUCCAAACAUCAGCAGUCACCCGUCAGUCAGUCUAUGCAAACACUUUCUGACCCGCUCUCAGGCUCCUCUUUGUAUUCCUCUAGCGUGAACCUCCCGGUCAUGGGACACGAGAAAUUCCCAAGUGACUUGGACCUGGAUAUUUUCAAUGGGAGCUUGGAGUGUGACAUGGAGUCCAUCAUCCGCAGUGAACUCAUGGAUGCAGAUGGGCUGGAUUUUAACUUUGAUUCCCUCAUCUCAGCUCAGAACGUUGUCAGUCUGAAUGUGGGGAACUUCACUGGUGCUAAACAGGCUUCAUCACAGAGUUGGGUACCAGGCUGAAGGAUCUUUCAGAACAGGGAAAAAUGGGCAAACAGGCCCUCAAACUGACACGAGAUGUAGAGAGAGAACCCUUUGCCAAAUCUGCUGUCAGCAAGUGGACAGUGAUACUGUUUACAGCUUACGACCUUUGUGAACCCUGCAUUAUUUUCCUAACGAAGCAGACUGUUAAUAGGCCCCAUACCUGAGUGAAGAUCCUCUUUUUUUUUUUCUCUCUUCCUUUUUUUGGAAUUGAACUCAUUCUGAAGUAUGCAAAAUCUUCCUUUUCUGGGAUGGCCAAGCACCUGCUGUGGAGACAAUGUUCAGCACCAUCCUGUUGAGAACACACUGUGUAGCCUUUACAGUAGUUACUUGUCAAUGAGUAUGUGGUGUUUCAAUAUAUUAAUGGUUUAUGGGAUGUUUUAAGUUGGCUUUUCUUUUUGGAGGUUUUUCCUGUCUGCCCGCCCUCCUCCCCCCCAACCUCCAGUUUGAUUUCCUUAGAUUUUUUGACCAUUUUUGCUUUCACUCCCUGGGGAAUCUGAAACACUGCUUAUGCUCGAGGAAACGAUCAUAACCCACCACCACGGCUCAGAUGCCAGGGCUUUCUGAAUAUACAGCAUCCAUUACACCAACCGACCGACCGAAUUCCAGAGGGAUGUGAUUUCGUGUGGUCUGUUUGCCCGUUGGGUUGGUUUGUUUCUUUUCUUUCUUAUUUUUUCCUUAAACUUCAUGGUACGCCCCUGUGUUCCGUAAGCAUCAAGCCAGGGCUGAUUGCGAAGCGAGGGAAAACCGGCGAGGGAAACCUCCCGGCUGGUGCUGGCGAGGACAGGACGGACUGACCGCGGGUGCCGCUGCCCUCACCUCCUUGACCGCAGGACCCCGCUCGCUGCCCACCAGAGCAGGCUCCCUGCCUGCUAUACGUUAGUUAAGUUUUAGGCUGAGCUGCCCUUCGCUGCCAGACGCGUUGAGUGUAACCACCUGUAGGGAUCAGUCUGCAGAAGCGAAAAUUAAAGGAAACAUGCUGCUUCGCAGGAAAGGGGAGCGAACGGGCAUCAGCAAGUCACUCACAGCGGCGACGCCGGGCGUUCAUGCACAGGUCAUUGCAGUGUGUGUUAUUGCAUCAGUGAUCCUUUUUUUUUUCUUUUUUUUUUUGGACAUGUCCGUGAUGAUUUUUUUCCUUCUUGUCGUGUCUAACCCAUUGUGGAAGAAGAAGCAGGAGAGGGAAUGGCAAGGUGACAAUAUCGUACAAAUGGCUUUUCAUACGAGCAUAGAUUGUAACAGGAUAAAUGACACUGAAAGACAAGGCAGUUUUAUAUAUUUUGCUUCUUAAGAUUUUCUUUUGUAAAAUGAAUAAUAAUUAAUAAUAAUGAAUAAAAGGUAUGGUGCUGUAUAGAUCCUCUCUAUAAUCUGGAAAGUUUGAUUACUUUUUAUUAGUAUCUCGGGGGGAGGGAUACAAAAAAAGAGGGGAAAACACCAAUGGUACAUAAGAACUUGGUAUGAAGACGUUCUGAAUAGGACAGUGUAUACAUAAUUCUCCAAAGCGAUAUAUGACGUUUUGUUUUUUUUUUCUUUGCAUAAAGGCAUUAUGCAUAUAAAUAUAUAAAUAUAUUUUAUUAUGUACAGAAAUGGAUCAUUAUGCAUGGAUGUUAGGAAAACCAACUAGCAUUUUAACCCAAAGUUUCAGUGCAUGAGCUGCCACCGGUCCGUGUACCAUGCAAUGUGGAGUGACUCCCUCGCGCCACUGCCACCGCACACGCACACGCACAGUCAUGCACACCCACGCCAGCGCUCGUGGGCCCUCCCUCGCUCCUCACUUCCCAGGUCCCUGAGGUGACGUUGGUGAAAUAACAGCUCCCUGUGUGGUGGAAGUUUUGUUCCGUAUCGUAGCCCCCCUCACGCUCACGCUGUUCUCGUACAGGCGCCCCUCUUGGUUUCAUCCCGCGGUUAUGACUGUGUAAACUCUGUGCAGUUGUGGUUAUCGUCGCCCCGUAGCAUAUCAACUCUCCCAAGCAGCCAAGGGUUUACCAUUCUCAUUUUUUUUUUUAAAAAGGAAACUUCUCUUUUCUUUUCACACUAAGGUGGUCUGUUUGUCAGCAUGGGGACGAGGUGAUUAAAUUCACGGGAGGUAGCUGAUGCUCACUGCCCAUCUCCUCAUUUGAGGAGGUGGGUAGGUACCAGCUGCCCGGGUGCUGGCACGGCACAGCGGUCACCAGGCCUGGGGUCACUUCGCUUAUCAGAGUCCAGCUGCAGGCACCUCUUAUCAGUCAGUCGAGAGCUUCUCCUUCAGCUUCUGCUCUGAGCCUGCAGCGUUAGCCGUCAGCUUCCUGGUACACCCCAAAAUGUGAGUGCACCCUGAAGGCCUGUCCUCCGGUGGUCCUUCCCAAGGCUGCCCCGUGGCUGCAGCCCUGGGCUGGGCUUGUCCCCAUGCCCCAUGGAUUCGGCCACAGGCAGAGCUCCCUCGGCAGCUCCCUGAGACAGCAUGUGGCCCCUGCACAGGUGAUGUCCCCGGUGAGACCCAGGUGUCUGCCCAAAGGCCACCACCAGGUCGCUGGCAGCACCAGUAAUGACAUGGUGGCACAGCCGACGUGACAAAAACCCAUCAUUCAAUUCUGUUUCUUGGUACGGCUGCAGUUCUGGUCAAAUGCAAGGGAAGCCCCUUAGUCUGAAACAACCCAGGCCAAUUUCCGCUCUGCCAAGGCCGCCGCACUGCGUUGAGUUCAGUGGAGCGAGCUCACACUGGCAUAAAUGAGAGAGAAAAAAGUGGUCACUCUGUUCAUAAACGGAGGAAAAAUGAUUGAUUCAGAGACAGCCAGUCAAUGGCAGAGAAAUUUUCUUAAAAAAUUAAAAGCAUCAGCAGCUGGAAGGCUGAGUCUACCUCCCAGCAGUGUCAAGGGGAGCAUUUCCAUUGGCAUGUCCAGGACACAUCGCGCCCCUACCUUGGAGACUGUCCCAGCACCCCCUGAAGAGGGACGGUCUUGGACAACCUCUUCAGCUUGGUUUGGUUUUUGCUGCUCGUUUUUGUGGCCAAAAUUUUCAAACUGAAGUGCCUCAUGUCAGGCAUCACAAAGUCUGGGGCUUGGACGUGGUGUCACGGGGCUGUCGCUCCUCAGACUGAGCAGAGGUGCCUGCUGCCCCAAGGGCCACCCCGUCCGCAUGCUGAGGUGCCUAAAAUUCGCCUUCGUCUCCAGAGGUGCCGAGCAAAUAAAUGCAUCUUAAUGAAUUCAAAGGGUCACUUGUCUAGGUGUCAAAAUACGGAUUAAAAUUGCUAAUUUGGAGAAAAUACCUUUUGAAAACUUUGGCCUUUGAGUUUUUGAACAUUCUUCCGCAUAGUUUUCCUUCUGAAACCACAUAAAACAGAUAACGGCCCAGAAGAUUACACAGGAGUCAUUUAAACACUCUGUCUAAACAGAAGGUCUAAGGUGGCAUUUAAUGCAGUUUCCUAGUCACAGUUUUGGGGGUUUAUUUAAUAAUUUUGUAAUUUUUUUUCUCAUGAGAACAAUUGGAUAGUUGGCCACAGCUUAACUCCAGAAAUCUUUGUGCCACUGCUUCAAAAAGUUAACCUUUUAGGUCAUGUAUUUCUCUCGAAUGAUGUCAUUGCUUGGCAAUCAGUGUCCUGUAAUUGUUUUUAGUACACGAUAUACAUUAGGAAUUGCCAACAGAUGCGAAGGGGGACCAGAUACAUUUCGUUACUAUGGGUUGGAAAAAUGGAUUGUACAUUUGGCUUCACAUGUUUAACUUUUUUUAAAAAAAGUUGCAUGAUUGGAAAAAAUAUGUAUACAGUAUCUGUAAAACUGUUUUAUCUGUUUUUGUUUCAAGCCAUGUAAAUUGGAAGAAUAUGAAAUCCACAGCCUUAGCACGCAUGGCCGUCUUUACAUACCGAAGAGCUGAACAGUUUAUACUUUUCAUUUGGGCUAUCUUGUACUUUCAUUUGAAAGCAGACACUCUCAUGUUGCAGUCUUACUGAGGAUUUUAUAAAAUAAUAAUAAUUAAAAAGUUAAAAAAAAAAAAAAAAAAAGAUGCUGCCCUGGAUGAAUAUACUACCUUACUACACAGAGAUCGGAAGGAAGUUUGUUUUGGAGCAAAUCCUGCCCCGUUCCAGACGAAGUAGAGACGCAGUGCUUACUCCACUUGGUGUUAGUAGAUAUUGCCUUGUGUAUUCCAUUUUAAAUUGUAAUCUAGUUUGUAAAAGAGAUGGUGACGCAUGUAAAUAAAGCAUAAUGGAUCUC